AUGGUCGGGACAACAGACAUACUUAUAAUCAGUAAUCCAGUUAGUACAUUUGUAUAUAAACUAUCACUACACAACCAACAAGUGACAACAUUUGCUGACCACAGACCACAUGAGGUAGGUGACAUCAGCAUCAACGAGAGGGACGAGGUGUUUGUUAGUACAGCUACACCAGACAUAGUGGUACUGAAUCAGUCAGGCACGACUAUAAGGAAGGUCACGAUUGGAUCAGAAACUAUAAUGCUCGUUGUCUGCUUGUCAUCGGGACGUCCGUGUGCAGUUCAAACAAUUGGAGGACGUUGGACUGAUAGAAAGAUAAAGAUAACAGACGAGUCAGGUACAGUAAUACAGACAUGGACAGGUGAACUCAACAACGGUCAAAAGGUCGGUAGUAAGGGCCUCUGGAAGAUGUCAUGUGAUAAGUACGAUAAAGUCUUUGUACCAGACUUCAGUAAAAAUCAGGUGUACGUCCUACCGAGAGACGGCAAACAAGCUGUGUGUCUCCUGGACUGGAGACACGGAGUGGUUCAACCUACUGUGGUGGGUGUGGACACGUGCGGGGACGUGUGGAUCGGGUGUUUUGACGGUACCGUACACGUGAUGAGACUGUAA